AUCAAUCUUUACGAUUAUGUUUUGAGUGAGGGUCCGGAAGCAGAAUGUUUUAUGCCAAGAUCAGCGCCAGAUGGUGCUCCUCUAGAAGCUUAUUUGUAUAACAAUGAGUAUGAAGGCUUACCCCUCACCCCUGAAAUAUGGGAAGAAAUUGAAAUACCAAGUUGUCAUGAUAUUCGUUUUGUUCUUCACGGAUAUCAUCAAACCAGAUUGGACGUGAUGUCUAUAAUAAAAGCGUAUCAAGGUCGUGAAAACACUUCAGCGAUUGUCCUAGAUUGGGAGCCUACAGCCUCUUUAAACUAUAACCAGGCAAAAUCUACACUCUACAACGUAGCCAUUUCUUUGCGGUCACUGUUAACUUUAACUAGUGAUUAUACAGGAAAGAAACUCUCGGAUUUUCAUAUAGUCGCAUUUGGUCUUGGGGCACAGUUGGCGGCUACUCUUGGCAGAAUGGUAGACGGUGAAAUCGGGAUGAUAAUAGGUCUAGAUCCAACGAUAUCAGGUUGGAAUGAAGAUAAAAAGGAGGACAGGGAAAUAUGUUGA